CUUAAAUUGCGAUGAUAUUAUGUCUCGUUGAUAAUGAACAGCCUGGGUCUGAGUUUAAUCUUAAAAAUGGGGUGUAUCUGUUCCAAAGAAACCAUCACCAUUAACGGCAGGAAGUAUAUUGUACGCGAACAUCUUGGUGAAGGAGGAUUUAGUACAGUGUCUUUGGUCGAAGACACAAUAACGCAUAGAAAAUAUGCGGUUAAAAAAAUCACUUGUCACGGACCAGAGGAUCAACGACUGGCUCUUAGAGAAAUUGAAUGUCAUACCAUGAUAAAACACCCAAAUGUGAUUGAGUGCGUGGAUUCUAUGCACAAAGGCACUGCUGACCCUGUUGUAAAUGCAACCAGUCAAGUGUUGCUCGUUUUGCCAUACUACCAUAAAGGUACACUAGCCAGCGAAUUGGAGCGGCGGGCAAAAACUUGUGAUUACAUGAAUCCUAGAGAGGUACUAGGCUUGUUUCUUCAAAUUUGCGAGGGAUUGAGAGCAUUCCAUGAAGCUAAGCCAGAGCCUCUGGCGCACAGGGAUUUAAAAACAGCUAAUAUUGUACUGGACGAAGGCAUGACUCCAGUACUUAUGGAUCUAGGUUCAGUGGCAGAGGCAAGAGUGAAGGUAUGUGGAGCGCAAACGGCUCAAACCUUACAAGAUGUUGCCGCCGAAAGAUGCUCCAUGCCUUACAGAGCUCCAGAGUUAUUUAACGUAGAUAGCUAUUGUAUGAUUGAUGAGAGGACGGAUAUUUGGUCUCUGGGAUGUAUCCUGUAUGCGUUGUGCUAUUUCAAGUCACCAUUCGAAUCUGUGUACGAACGAGGUGACAGCGUCGCCUUAGCUGUGAUAAGUGCAAAUAUUACAUUCCCAGAAAACGCCCCAUACAACGAAGAUAUACAAAACUUAAUUCUGUCCAUGCUAAAAGUGAAUCCCAUGGAACGACCUUUUAUUUAUAGUGUAAUAGAAAAUACACACGACAUUAUUGCCAGAUUGGAAGGCAGAGUUUAAUGAUCGAAAGAGGUUUUAAUAAAAAUGGAUAUCUUUAUAAAUGGGGAAGGAAAUUAUUGUUAUUAGACUACGCUAUUUGGAUAUUUUGAUACCGUGUUUGUUGACUGUGCAACAAACGAGGAGGACAAAGGCAUUGGACAUGUUUUAUCGAUGUUGAAAAAAAUAAAGAAACGAAUCAAAAACCAAA